ACAGAGGAAGCUUAGGUGUCACCAUCAUUUCAGCUCUUCUAAGCAGCUCGUUAGCCGACCUUUACAGCUUGUGAUAAGCAAUGGAGGUGACGAUGGACCCUAUGUUUUUGGCUUGGAGCUAUUUCAGGAGGCGAAAGCUCCAGCAAUGUUCAGAAAUUUGCACAAAAAUUCUGCAAGAAAACCCGUACGACCAGGACUCCUCCUUGCCUAUCUCUGAGGCUGCAUGGAGCAUGAAAACCCGUGCUCUUACGGAGAUGGUGUACAUUGAUGAAAUUGAGGUCGACCAGGAAGGAAUUGCUGAGAUGAUGCUGGAUGAAAGCGCAAUUGCUCAAGUUGCACGACCUGGAACAUCACUUAGGCUUCCUGGCACAAGUCAGGGUGGGGGUCCCACACAAGCUGUCAGGCCUAUGACACAAACUGGGCGUCCUAUCACAGGAUUUGUUAGACCCAGCACACAGUCAGGGCGUCCUGGGACAAUGGAGCAGGCUAUCAAAACCCCACGCACUGCAAGCACGGCGCGUCCUGUUACAAGUGCUUCGGGUAGAUACAUUCGCCUGGGAACAGCUUCAAUGCUUACCAAUCCAGAAGGACCAUUUAUAAACUUGUCCAGACUGAAUCUGGCCAAGUAUUCCCAAAAGCCUAAUUUAUCCAGGACGCUGUUUGAGUACAUCUUCCAUCAUGAAAAUGAUGUGAAAAAUGCUUUAGAUUUAGCUGCUCAAGCUACUGAGCAUGCUCAGUUCAAAGACUGGUGGUGGAAAGUUCAGCUGGGAAAAUGCUACUACAGGCUAGGUUUAUAUCGGGAAGCAGAAAAACAGUUCAGAUCAGCCCUCAACCAGCAAGAGGUGGUGGACACAUUUCUCUAUCUUGCAAAGGUGUAUCAGCGGCUGGAUCAACCAAUAACAGCUCUCAACCUUUUCAAACAAGGCCUGGAUUACUUUCCUGGUGAGGUUACCCUUCUAACAGGAAUCGCCCGCAUACAUGAGGAGAUGAACAACAUUUCAUCAGCCACAGAGUACUACAAAGAUGUCCUGAAACAGGACAACACUCACGUUGAGGCUAUCGCCUGCAUAGGCAGCAAUCACUUCUACACUGAUCAGCCUGAGAUUGCUCUGCGUUUCUACAGACGGCUGCUCCAGAUGGGGGUGUAUAACUGUCAGCUGUACAACAACCUGGGCCUGUGCUGCUUCUACGCCCAGCAGUACGACAUGACACUUUCCUCCUUUGAGAGAGCACUAGCUCUGGUGGCAAACGAUGAAGAGCAGGCUGAUGUUUGGUAUAACAUUGGACACGUGGCUGUGGGCAUUGGGGACUUGACUCUGGCCUACCAGUGUUUUAAACUGGCUUUGGCUUUCAAUAAUGACCAUGCUGAGGCCUACAACAACCUGGCUGUGCUGGAGCUGCGCAAAGGUCGCAUCGAACAGUCUAAAGCCUUCCUGCAGACUGCUGAAUCACUAGCCCCUCACAUGUAUGAGCCACACUACAAUCUCUCCAUUCUCACUGAAAGGAUUGGAGACCUUCAGGGCAGCUACACUGCAGCACAAAAGUCUGAAGACUCUUUUCCUGAGCACGUCGACACUCAGCAGCUUUUGCGGCAGCUUCGGCAGCACUUCGCUGUGCUGUGAGACACCGGCAAGCAUUCUUUAAAAAGCAAUGUGUGGUCUGAAUAGAAAGUUAACACGGAGCAGGGAAAGUGCAAUGGUAGGUAAAACUAAAUGCUUGAAGGUUGGCAGAUUAGUCAGACACUCAAAUUCUUCAGUUUUUUGUAUAAAUGGUGUCUUCACUAAAUUACCAGCGUAUCAGUAACACCUUCCUUUAGUGUAGUGUGCUGUGGAGCAGUUUCAUGUGGUGCACUUUUAGAUAA